CUUCCGGGGGGCAGUGAAAGGGCUAAGAUGAGAGCUGGGACAAACUGUCAGAUAUAAAUGCAUACAAUUGAGUCACAUCCUUCAAUUAUGGUUUUCUGAUAUCAGCCCUCCUCUAUCGCCGGCAGACGGGGGUCUCAGGUGUCUCAAGAUGAACAAACAGCCCAGUAAAGAGUCUUUGAAGGACAAAGUGAAGGGCAUCUUUGGUAUUAGUACGACCCGCCUCCAGAGCAAACAGGCAGAGAGCAAACCCUCCGAGUUUAUAAUCACUCUGGACAUCUUGAAGGAGCUGACACCAGAGUGCGGUCUACAUCACAGGAUCAGAGUCAUCAACCAUGUGUGCGACCUCGCUAAGUCCAAGAAAUUUGAGGAGAAUGCGGUGGAGGCUCUGUGGAAGGCUGUGGAGGACAUGCUUCACCCUGAUCAGCCGCCAGAGGCCCGUCAUGCGGUGCUGGUUCUGUUGAGGGCUAUUAUACGGGGACAGGGCGAGAGGGUGGGUCCACUUCGGGCUUACUUCUUCAAGAUCAUUUUGGACUAUCAGCCCUGCAAUGAGGACCUUCCUGAGAGGCUGGAGGUGUUUAAGGCCCUCACCGAAAAUGGGAAAGACAUCACCUACUUAGAGGAGGAGUUAGCUCGAUUUGUCCUGCUUUGGAUGGACAUCGGCUUGUCUUCUGAUUUCCUGCACGUGCUUGUCAACCUGGUCAAAUUCAACUCUUGCUAUCUGGAUGAGAACGUCUCCUUGAUGGUUCAGAAAAUUUGUCUUUUGUGCAACCGGACGACUUCUUCCACAGAUAUUGAGGUUGCGUUGCAGGUGCUGGACGCUGUAGUGUGUUAUAACUGCCUGCCCUCUGAUUCGCUGAUGGUUUUCAUCAUCACGCUUUGUCGAACCGUUAACGUGAAGGAAUUUUGCGAGUCCUGCUGGAAGUUAAUGCGUAAAGUGUUGGGAACUCACCUGGGUCACAGUGCCAUUUAUACCAUGUGCCGUAUCAUGGAGGAGAGGGUGUACUCUGAAGACGCGGCUCUUUUGAGGGGCGCUGUGUUUUUUGUUGGUAUGGCGCUGUGGGGGGCUCACAGGCUUCCCGCUCUCAAAAACACCCCCACGCUGGUUCUGCCUUCAUUUCAUAAGGCCAUGAACUGUGCCAAUGAGGUGGUGUCAUAUGAAAUCGUGCUUUCCAUCACACGACUGAUCAAGAAGUACGGCCGAGACCUGCAGGUGGUGACGUGGGAUAUACUGCUGUCCAUUAUAGAGAGACUCCUGCAACAGAUACAGACGAUGGGCAGUUCGGAUCUAAAGGUGAUCGUUUAUGAGUUAUUGAGUACGGUUGAGGAGCUCUACGAGCAGAACGACUUUCACGGAUCCUCGCAGAGAUUCUUCAGCCUGGUGGAGAAGUGUGCUGAUAAAAGACCAGAUGCCUCGGUGUUGACGCUGAUCUCCUACAGAGCCCAGUCCAUUCAGCCAGCGAAGGACGGAUGGCUUCAAAACCUUUUGAAGCUAAUGGAGAAAUUCUUCAGGAACGAGAGCCGGACCAUGAUCAGGAUCAAGGUCUUGCACAUCCUGUCCUUUGUACUCAGCACAAACCGCCAACUCUAUGAAGAGGAGCUGAUUGAGGUGGUGGUGAUUCCUCAGCUGGGUCAGAUCGCUGAAGAUCGAGAUCUGUCCGUCAGGAGACAGGCCACGCAGCUGUUGGUGGAUCUGGCCGAAGGUUGUAACACCCAUCACUUCGGCAGCCUGCUGGACAUCAUUGAGAGGGUGGCUAGUCGUCCAUUAACAUGCUCAAUGGAUGGAGAGAGAGAUCUGUCUGUGGAGUCAACCAUGGAGGAUGUGAGAACCUCCGUUUUGGGUCUGCUCGACAUACUGGAGAGUAAACUGUACAGUCUGCCCGCCAGUCAUGCCAGUCGAGUGUACGAGCUGCUGAUUUCUCACCUGCAACUUCACUACAAGUACAAAUACUGCAGUGCCAUCGCCAGCUCUGUACGACUACAGGUCUUUGAUUUCUUGUUGAUGAUGAGGGCUGACUUUCUUCAUCGGCUGGGACUGCCAAAUAAAGACGGAGUCAUGAGAUUCAGCCCGUAUUGCCACUGUGAUGUGGGAGAGUCUGAAAAAAGAGUGACCGAUAAGAAGCCAGCAGGAUCUGUCUCCCCGCCGGCAGGAAGUCCCACACCGGUGGCCCCGCCCUCCUCCAUUCGCACCGCCUAUCUGCCCUACAGCCUGGCCUUCAAUGUGUUACUGCAGUGUUUGAAGAUGGAGUCGGAUUGGAAAGUUCUGAAGCUGGUUCUGGAUAAGAUGUCUUGCACCAUACAGAACAAAGUUCUAAUACUGACAUCACCGUGCAACAUCGACCACCUCUGCUCGACUCUCUGCUCGAUGGUAACGGAUCGUCUCAUAUCCGAGCGUUUGAGAAAGACUCCCGAUGGCUUCUCCCUGACCGACGUUCAGCUCGCUGUGGUUCCCGUUCUAACCGCCCUCACCUCGUACCACAGUUAUCUAGAACAGCCCAGACAGAGGGAGCUGGUUCAGUGUUUGGAGAAAGGCUUGAUUUAUCGCUGUGCUAAGCAGUGCGUGGUCGCUCUGACCAUGUGCACCGUGGAGAUGCCUGACAUCAUGAUCAAACUCCUCCCCGCCCUCAUCGUCAAGCUCACGCACAUCUCGGCGACCGUUGCCAUGGCAUCGCCCAUGCUGGAGUUCCUGUCCACAUUGGUGCGGCUUCCACACCUGUACGCUAACUUUGUAGCUGAGCAGUAUGUUAGCGUGUUUGCUAUAUCGCUGCCGUACACCAACCCCUCAAAAUUUAAUCAAUACAUAGUAUCUCUAGCCCAUCACGUGAUCGCCAUGUGGUUCAUCCGCUGCCGGCUGCCGUUCAGAAAAGACUUUGUUCAGUACAUCACCAAGGGUCUCCGUUCAAAUGCUCUCCUGCCGUUUGAUGACACACACGAGCAGAGCAGUUUCAGAGCCCGCAGCACCAGUCUGAACGAGAGACCCAAGAGUUUGCGGACGACCAAAGUGGUGAAGCAAGGCCCCAGCGCAAACUCGCCUGUUAAAGACCUGAAAGAUCUGUCGGCCAUGGACGCCUUCCGCUCACGAAGCAUCAGUGUGUCCGAGCAUGCGGUGCGCAGGUAGAACAUUUUUGGUAACCUCAGCCAAUUCUUUUACUACAUCAGACAAAUCCCUGCUU